AUGUCUGAACUGUCUGUACGAGAUGAAGAGAUUGAACAAUUGCGUCAAGAAAUUACUCUUAUACGCAACUCCAACGAACAAAGAUUUCAUGAAUAUAAUGUGGAAACUCGCCGGCUUAUAACGGAAGCUGAAAAUGAAAAGAAUAAAGCAAUAAGUGAAAGCAAAGCCGCCAAAGAAGCGCUAGAUAAGCUUCAUAUGGACUUAGCUUUCUUGGAGAAAAGUUUACAAGAAGAAAAGGAAGAUCGACUAAAACUUCUUAGUCUAACACACGAGAAAAUUUUACCAAAGGAUAAUGAAGAUCAAAUAAAGAUUUUGCACUCACAAUAUCAAAAACAUAUGUCAGAACUGCAAAAUGAAUUACAAAUUGUGAAAAUGAAUGAAAAUCAAUUAAAGGAUCAAUUAUCCAUAAUAACCACUGAAAAAGAAUCUUUGCGAGAUCAACUCAAUUCAACGGAAAAAGAUUUAAAGCAAUGGCAAAAUUUAACUAAAUCAACAUCAGAAUCAAAGGUUUGA